UCCGGCCAGUCCUGGGCCGCCGCCCAUGUUGGGCCGCUCGGGGUUUUGAGGCGGCGGUGGCGCCCGUAGCCCGUCGGUGGAGUCUCCCCGCCGCCGAGCUCCCGCACCCCUCGGAUCCCGGGAAGAUGGGGGCGUCCCCGACCUCCCGCCGCCGUCCUGCCCGGGGCCUGGGGCCGCCGCCGCCGCCGCUGCUGCUACUACUACUACUACCACUCCUGGGGCCGCCCGCCGUGCACGGUGAUUGUGGUGUCCCCACAAGGUUAACAUCUGCCCAACUCAAGGAACAGUUCAGAGGUCAACAGACAUUUUCUCAUGGAGCUCAGGUGUCUUAUGAAUGCCGUCCAGGCUAUUACAACCCUUUAAGAAAACCAUUUAAUAUUACUUGUUUAGAGGAUAAUGAGUGGUCCUCCAUCUCUGACUUUUGUGAAAGGAGAUCGUGUACAAACCCCGGAACACCAUCUCAUGGCAGGGUUGACAUACCAGUGGACGUCAAAUUUGGUUCUGAAAUUUAUUAUACUUGUGAAGAAGGCUAUAAAUUAAUAGGCUCUCCUAUCAGCACUUGUGAACUCUCUGAGGGAAAGGUUGGUUGGAGCGAAGCUGUACCAGAUUGUGAAACAAUUUAUUGUCUUCCACCUCCGAACAUCGCCCACGGGAUGAGCAGUGCUGGGGACCAGGCUUCUUAUGCCUAUGGUUCUGCAGUAACUUAUAAAUGUGAACCCUCGCCAAGAGGUUCUGAUAAGUACUCGCUGAUUGGAAAUUCCACCAUUUCCUGUACGCUAAACAGCCAGAAUGAGGGAGCUUGGAGCAGUGAACCCCCUCGAUGUGAAGUGGUCACAUGCACAGAACCUACGAUCGCCAAUGGAAAAAUAAUAUCAUCUUAUAUAUCGCAAUAUAAUUAUGGAGACCAGGUGAUAUUCGAAUGCAAUAGUGGCUAUGUGUUGCGAGGCCAAAGUAUCGUUGUCUGUGAAGUUGGAGAUAAAUGGAGCCCUGGCAUUCCAGUUUGUGAGGAAGAAUACGAUCUUACUAACCUGAAAAUCCCAAAUGGAAAAGUCUUAAACUCAUCAAGAACGGUUAAGAAAGGAGAUAUUGUUAUGGUUGAAUGUGAUUCUAACUACUCAUUGGAGGGUAGCAGGCAGAUUAAAUACAUCGGUCAAGGAAAUUGGGAACCUAAGAUACCAACCUGUACAUUGAAGCUUGAACCUUCCAAACCUCCUGCUUCUCUACCUCCAGAUGUAAUUGAUAAGAUUAAAAAGCCGGAAGUUGCUCAUGGACAGGUUUUUCAUCUAUUCCCUGUCGUUAAAAAAGGAGAGAAUAUCACUAUUGAAUGUAACGCGGGCUACACCUUGAAAGGCAGCAGUCAAAUUCAGUAUCUUGGUGGUGGUAAAUGGAAUCCCGAUAUUCCGACUUGCAAUUUCAGUGUGGUCAUUAUCAUUAUUCUUGCAGGUAUCUUCUUAUUUUCUGCGUUUGGGCUUGUUUUUUUCUUAUACCAGUUCUACAAUAAAAGGAAAGGCACAUACAUAACUGAUGAAUGCCUCAAAGAAAAAACAGGUUUAAAUUAUUUUGUACCCAAUGAAGACGCUUGAUGAAAGAAAGGUUUACUUGUUUCAUUAAAAGGAAAAAUGCCUCAGCUUCAGUGAGAGCAGAGUAUUCCACUUGCCACGGGUAAACCAUCCAUCAUAUCUGGAAGACUUUGGAAAAUUUUCUAAAGGCAGGAAAUUCCUAUUUAUCCCACAUUUCCCAGCUGGAAUACUCUGGUUUCCCAAAUUCCAUUUCCUUUAAGUGACAUCCCUCUGCCAUUUCUUUCACACUCAUGAAUACAACUUUGUAGGAAAACUGGAUAUUUAAUGAUCUACUAUUUACUGAGCACUCACUGUGUGCAGAGCACUGAAUUAAGCACCUAGUAAGGUCUGGAGUGUCUCUGAAUGAACCCUUCAGCUGCCUUUCUUGCCACUUCUGCUGUUGUCGGGAAAUUUGCCUCCCUGAAAGCCUAUUGUUUUUGGUUGAACCUUAAGUGAAGAAAUGUGCAUCGUAAAAAAUUAUUUCUCAUCAGGUUGUCUGUACUCACCUACUGCUGAGUCUCUCAUUCCUUAUGUGUGUUAUUUCUAAAAGUAAGUUGCUUUCAAAGGCAGUAAUUGCUCUAUCUGAAUGUGUGCAACCGUUUCUGGAGAAAAAUCAGUUUUACAUUCUGCAGUUUUUUAGAGGGUAUAUCAGCUAUCAGCCUCUGAUUCUUCUCCACAACUGAAUUUGUCUCUUAUGUGGUUAAAGCUUGGCACAAAUGUCUUUUCAGGGACUAUUAGCAGAGGUAGGGUUGGGAGGAGAGGCGCUGGGAUCAGGGAUCUGGGGAGAAAUAAUGUGUUCUUCAAAACCAAGGCCAGUAAAGAUUGGCAGCUUUGGCACUCAAGUAUUCACCUGACCCAAGAGUCUAAGGUGGUGUUUCCAGGUCAGCAUCACCCCUCCAGGCCUGGACUACAUAGCCUCCCUUGCCUCUGCAGUCAUCUUUCACACUUUGCUGCUUUUCCUCUUCAGAUUGGCUCAGUAUUGCCAGCGCCCGUUCUGGGGUUUAACGUUUUGGGAUAGUUGAAGGGGAGAUGGUGAGGAAGCAGAUCCCCAAAUUUAAAGAGAAGACGAGAAGCUAAGAAGUGGGUGGAUGGAUGUCUGAGGUGGCCAUUUCAUAUUUUCAGUGGUUGGAAAAUUGAAGCAGUCCCGAGGGACCCACAAGAAUUACGUUGUUAAUUCCAUUUAGAGGUCGUCAACUAGCAACCAAAAUGCCAGCGAAAGAUGCAAAAUGAUCACAUAUGGCCUUACAGCAGAUUUCAGUAUGCUGAACCCUAUUUCUGGGGGUUGGAGGGCUAUGGAAAAAAGAGCAAAAAGCUGUAGACUGGGUUUCUUGCCAGCACUUACGAAUACUUUUAGCUAAAGCUAGAUAAGCUAUUUUUCUAAGCCAAAGAAACCCUGCUCGAUGGAAACUUAUUUUGACACAGACACUUCCUUUUCAACCUGGUUGCAUGUAAUUUUUUUUAUUUUCAAAAGCACUUCUGUAAAGAGAAUAUGUAUAUUUUUGUUUAGGAUGUGUGUAUGUCAUAUUUUGUUCAUUUGUUCUUCAGAGAUUGCUUUUACAAUCUUACAUUUUGUUUGUAUCAAAGAGCACUUAAUACUGUAACCAGUUCUGUAAAUAUUACUGUGACGGCUCACUGCUUAUCCAUUGCAAUGCAUAAGUUGAGUUUUGAGUAGUUUUAACUUAUACGUAGUAAAACAGAAACCUGCAAAGAGACCUGCAAUCGUUCUUAUUCACUUCUGCAAGCCUAAGAUGUUUAGGGGGAAAGCUACAAGUAUAAAGUUUUCAAGGUGGAUGGACCUUGCAAUCUUUAAUAAAGUAAAAUGUUGAGUUUCA